UUAAAUAACUGAAUACACGUUGAAAUAAACUUCCAAUGACUAAAAAAUAGUACUCUUAAGGCUACAAAGUAUAGUAAUUGAGCGUAAAACAGCUUAAAUCAGAAACCCGUUGAAAACUUGCGCAAUGUUGCGCGUGCAAAUUUGUUGCAGAAGCGCGCGCCGCUUCAAGUGUCGUACAUCGCGCGCGCACAAUUUAACUCCUGUAGCUACAAUGUUCCCUUAACAAUGUUGGGCUGUACAGUCACCAGUUAAACCACCAGAAAUCGUUGUUAUAGCAACUAUAACAGAUCGGGAAACUAUUUCAAAACGUACAGGUCGAUGAUGUCAUAAACUAUUAAUUAGCACGAGUGGUUUAUAAAACCUUUAAGUCAAUUUUUCUACAAGAAAAUCCCCUUAAAGAAGGCUAGUGCUGAAACAGACUGAGGCGAUAUCACGCCAAUGGCAGAGCUUUGAGCUUUUCUCAAGAAAAGCGUGUCUCUGUGAGAUGGUAGCUUCACAUGAAUUCAAGAGCCGACCGAUCACCGUGAAUCAUGGCGUUUGUAGCUUAUGUGUUAACACUUGGUCUGGUGCUGAUGGACUUCACGUUUUGCUCGUGCAGAGUUUGUGACGCGGACAGAAAUACAAACGGUUGUAGCACUCCGAUGGGAAUGAACGCUCCGUUUAAACGGCAGUUUACAAUGGCUUGCGAUAAACACGACAUAUGCUAUGGAUGUGGUACUCACUAUAACUGGACGCGCGAGGAUUGCGACAAGGCAUUGCUCCGGGACAUGAUCCGGUCCUGCCAUACACAUGCUCAUAGCAGAAGGCGGCGUGGUAUUAUGGACGCGUUGUUGGAUAUCUGGUACUUUUUUCAAGGAAUCAGCAAGGAAGAGAGAAGGUGCAAGAUAGCUGCGGAAAUGUACUACAAGAUUGUGCGCGCUUUUGGGGGAUCUCACUUUGAGAAACGAGACCAUAUCUAUUGUAUAAGCACGUGCGCUGAUGAACAUGGUAGUCCAUUUGUAGAACUUUAGCAGUUACAAGAACUUGCAGCGUGUUACAACCCGUCAUGCCACUGGGAAAACACAAAAGGAGCAGGAAAGAUUUAACUGCGGACGUUUAAGUUGAGCCCAUAUCUGCAGAAUUUUGUGAGUUACAAAGCGAAGUUUUCUGUUUAGAGUGAAAAUGCAGCCAUAGUUAGUCCCCUGUAUUAACUAUGACGCAGCCUUCCAGUUUACUGAUUGCUUGGGAAUUUAAACUAAUGGGUUAUACUAUCACUGGGUCCAUGUGCUGUCCGACGGGAGGCCAUCUCUGUAAAGCUAACGGAUAAAUAGUAUUGCGCAAUUCGAGGAACCGUUACAUGGGAGACUAUUCACAACUGAAAAGAGCCAAAUUCUUAAUAACGUUAUCAGGAACCUGCGGAUUUCUCUCGCAGUUUGCGAAGCUUUCCUGUCUCAUGGCCAUCCCUUGAAGAAGCGUCUCUGUUGAGAUACAUGUAAAAGAGAGUAUUUUCUACACUUAAUAUAACCGGCAAGAUGGGUUAAUCGAUCCGUUUUUUAGAUACACUUUCAGUAUUUGUGGUUGUCUUUUAUUCACGUCUUUACUAAGCUGCGAUCAGGUGUUCUUUUUUGGGACGGCCCGAAAAAAAAAA